UUCACUGGCGCCAUGGUGGAGGAAGUUCAGAAGCAUUCCGUACACACACUUGUGUUCAGAUCUUUGAAGAGAACCCAUGAUAUGUUUGUAGCUGAUAAUGCCAAGCCUAUCCCAUUAGAUGAAGAAAGUCACAAAGUGAAGAUGGCAGUCAAGCUGCGUACAGAGUAUGGCUCAGUGUUACACAUGCCCACGCUUAAGGAAAACUUGAGAGAGAAAGGCCCAAACACGGGAGAUCCUUAUGGACACAAGCAAUAUUCUGGAAAUCAAGGACAAGAACUUGAGUAUUUGAUAACUGGCACACAUCCAUACCCACCUGGGCCUGGUGUGGCUCUGACAGCAGAUACUAAGGUCCAGAGGAUGCCUAGUGAGUCUGCAGCACAGUCCUUAGCUGUUGCACUUCCUGCUUCUCAGGCCAGGAUGGAUGCAAAUCGGACAGCUGCUGGUGUGGGUGAUAUUUACAGACAUGCUGGAAUACCUGAACGUUCACAGCCUCCUGGGAUGUCUGUGGCUAUGGUGGAAGCUGGUGGAAACAAAAACUCUGCAUUAAUGGCAAAGAAGGCUCCAACCAUGCCCAAACCCCAGUGGCAUCCACCUUGGAAACUGUACAGAGUUAUCAGUGGUCACCUGGGCUGGGUAAGAUGUAUUGCAGUAGAACCAGGAAAUCAGUGGUUUGUUACUGGCUCUGCUGACAGAACCAUAAAGAUUUGGGACCUUGCUAGCGGCAAAUUGAAAUUGUCUUUGACGGGACACAUCAGUACUGUUCGAGGGGUGAUAGUAAGUGCAAGAAGUCCAUACCUCUUUUCUUGUGGAGAAGACAAACAAGUGAAAUGUUGGGAUCUCGAAUACAAUAAGGUUAUCAGACAUUACCAUGGUCAUCUAAGUGCUGUCUAUGGUUUAGACUUGCAUCCAACAAUAGAUGUACUGGUAACGUGUAGCAGAGAUUCUACAGCACGAAUCUGGGAUGUAAGGACAAAAGCCAGUGUGCACACACUAUCAGGACACACGAAUGCAGUAGCAACAGUGAAAUGCCAAGCUGCAGAACCACAAAUUAUUACAGGCAGUCACGAUACUACCAUACGGCUCUGGGAUUUAGUGGCAGGAAAAACUCGUGUUACCUUAACAAAUCACAAGAAGUCUGUACGAGCAGUAGUCCUCCAUCCAAGACAUUACACAUUUGCAUCUGGUUCUCCAGAUAAUAUUAAGCAGUGGAAAUUCCCAGAUGGAAACUUCAUUCAGAACCUCUCUGGUCACAAUGCUAUUAUUAAUACAUUGGCUGUCAAUUCUGAUGGUGUUCUGGUCUCAGGAGCUGAUAAUGGUACUAUGCAUCUUUGGGACUGGAGAACUGGAUACAAUUUCCAGAGAGUGCAUGCAGCUGUACAGCCAGGUUCUUUGGACAGUGAAUCAGGAAUAUUUGCCUGUGUUUUUGACCAGUCAGAAAGCAGAUUGCUAACUGCCGAAGCUGAUAAAACCAUAAAAGUAUACAAAGAAGAUGAUACUGCGACUGAAGAAACUCAUCCUGUCAGCUGGAAACCAGAAAUUAUCAAGAGGAAGCGAUUUUAGUACAGCAGCAUAUCUGUGCUGUAAUUUUGUUUUGGUUUUCCUGACAGCAUUCAGUCACAUUUUGCUCUGCCUAGAGCAGCAGAGCAGGA